AUGACUGUUCAAAGCGUUUCCAAGGAGCAACAGCAGAUGCCGUUGCCGUUGCAGACGAUCUUUGCUGCGAGCAAGAGAGAUGUUCAAUACGCCGAUGAACGGCGGAGCUCCACACAGACACCGAGCACUUUCACAUCAGCUGGUACCUUGCACAUGGAUCUGCGUGAUGCGCUUCGCUUCGAGACGGCCACAGCAACCCAACUUAAUGUUAUUGCACACAAGCCAGGCCAAGCCCAAACGAUUCGUGAUUGGUUCCCUUUGACGAUUGCGCACUUGAGUCACAGAGUGUUGUACGAAAACCUUCCUAUUCGAGUCGAGCCAUGGUGCAUGCAAAGGCAAAUCCAAUCCAAUCGUGGAUUCCACGCGCAAGCCCACGCUGAUGAAAAUUCACGAUUCUCGUGUCAGCUUCCGCAUUCCCAUCACGAAUUACGAAAUACGGAUCGUGAAUAUCUGACUCUUGCCAAAUCAAGCGCAAACCAACACGCAAAGCACUCUUGCACGGCGUGUUGA